UGCCUAGCCGGCUUACGUCACUGCCUCCUCUGCAGGAGGAAAGAGUGCCUAAGACAGACCAGAAAAGUUUGAAGGGAGAGCAGGAGUGAGUGAAGCAGUGCUCUUAAAGCCUCUUCCUCAUCUCCCCAUUCUGCUUCUCUCCCUUCGCCCCCCCCUUCUUUUUUUUUAAAGAAGGCGGUGAGGAACUCCCACCCCCACCCCCCAAAAACCUUUUCUAAUCUUGAGGGGGGGGCGGGGAGGGCAAAGCAGUAGAUACCUUGGGAACGUCAUGGAGCUGCUGUGCUGCGAGGUGGACCCCAUCCGGAGGGCCGUCCCCGACCCCAGCCUGUUGUUCGACGAUCGCGUUUUGCUUAACUUGCUCACCAUCGAGGAACGCUAUCUACCCCAGUGCUCCUAUUUCAAAUGCGUGCAAAAAGAUAUUCAACCCUACAUGAGGAGAAUGGUGGCGACUUGGAUGUUGGAGGUCUGUGAAGAGCAGAAAUGCGAAGAGGAGGUCUUCCCUUUAGCCAUGAAUUACCUGGACCGUUUCUUAGCCGGGGUGCCCACUCCCAAGUGCCGGCUGCAGCUUCUGGGUGCCGUCUGCAUGUUCCUGGCCUCGAAGCUGAAGGAAACAAUCCCCCUCACGGCCGAGAAACUGUGCAUUUAUACCGAUAAUUCUGUCAAACCCCAGGAGCUGCUGGAGUGGGAAUUGGUGGUGUUGGGCAAGUUGAAGUGGAAUCUGGCAGCCGUGACCCCUCACGACUUCAUUGAGCACAUUUUACGGAAGCUGCCUCUGCCGAAGGACAAGCUGCUUUUGAUCCGAAAGCACGCACAGACGUUUAUUGCUCUUUGCGCAACAGACUUUAACUUUGCCAUGUACCCGCCCUCAAUGAUUGCAACUGGAAGUGUGGGAGCAGCCAUCUGCGGCCUCCAGCUUGACAGUGAGGACAACUCCCUUUCCGAGCAUCUCACCGAGCUGCUGGCGAAGAUCACCAACACCGACGUGGAUUGCCUGAAAGCCUGCCAAGAACAGAUCGAGGCUGUGCUGGUGAAUAAUCUGAGGCAAGUUCGACAGGAGGAACAGCAGAGGAAUCCCACAAAGACGGUGGAUGAACUGGACCAAGCCAGCACCCCCACAGAUGUGAGGGACAUCAACCUGUGAGGAUGCCAGUACAGAAAGAAAAAAGAAGAGAGAGAGAGAGAGAGAGAGAGAGAGAGAGAGAGAGAGAGAGAGAGAGAGAGAGAGAGAGAGAGCGCGCACAAACGUAGUGCCUGCUCUCUAGACUCCCAUUUGGGUGUUUUCUUACUUUGUCGGGGGGGUUUUGUGUGUGUGUAUGUGUGUGUUUUUUAGAACAAAACUUUUUUUAAUCUACUUCCACCUAGAAAUAUUUAAGGGUCUUUUAGAAAACAGAAAAAAAAGAAGCCUACAAAAAAAUCGAACUAUUAAACAUAUUUGGUGCCUAUAAUGUUGAAAAGAAGGGAAUCGUGAUCUUUGUGACAAAUUACUGUUUGGUUAUGUAUAGUAAAAUGCUUAUAUGAAAGCAUACAAAGUAGCUAGAGAAAAUGUAUGCCUGCAGAUGUGGGAACAAAGCAGAUUGUACUCUAUUUUUCCAUAUUAUGAACUAGUGCAUACAUAGAUGGAAGAAAGGAAUUGUGUGAUUCAUGGCUUAAUUAGAUUGCAAAGCAAUGGACUAAAGGGGUUAGGGAAAUGAGGAAGUAAUGAGGAGACAACACACAAAGAUAAUUAUCUCUGAUGCAAUUGAACCAUUCUGGAUGCAAAGGUUCUUUGGCUCUCGAGAAGUCGCCUUUGGUUUAAUUGGAAAUGUAUGUUGGAUCUCUCAGCGUUAGUUGCGUUUACUCCCAUCUGGACUCACUGCCGCCCAGGACGGAGAGAAGAUGCUUUAUUUUUCCCAUCAGAUACAGGUGAUUGGUUCCUGGGUUGUUAUGCCCUGCUUCACAUGGUCCACCACUGACAGUAGUAGUACCACAUCGUUAGUGGGAGGGGAAGUCCAGCUUUGGGCCAUUCCCAGGGGUCAUGUUUUGGGGCAAAAAAAAACAGGACCAGAAUCUGAGUUGCUGCAAUAAUAUAACAAGGGUGAUGAGGUCUUCACAUCCUUCACCAGUCCAAAUUAAUUCUCUGGACUGAUGAACAUUUAUCCACAGCUCAGCAUUAUUAUAAACCAUUCCAUUCAAAAAAGCACUUUGAAAAUUAUUCUUGAGGGGUAAAUGGGAUGGUUUAUGAAAAUCAUGUGGAGCAAAGGAUGGAGAGGGAUUAAAAAAUAGAGUUCUCCUCUCCCCCCUCCCCAGUUUUUCUAUAUUGCAUCUGAUUUAUUCUCUCAAUAGCUCCCACAGUUCUGUUGGAAGAUGAGAGACACCCCAUUCAGAUGACAUUCCCAUCACAACAUUCCUGAUGAAAUUCCAAAGGGAAAAAAAAGUUAUUCCUGUGUCACAGAAGGAUCUUAAUAUACCUACCUGCACACUUCUCCUUUGGGCCUUAAAGACAAAUUACUGUUAGUGCAAAAGUCGGGUGACUGGACACACCAGGGGCGCAGUGUUUUCUUUUGUUUUUGAUUUUUUCCUUUUUUUUUAAUUUUUUUGGAGCGGGGAUGGUUAAUUUUAUUACAAAAUUGUAUUCAGUGUACUUGAAUUUUUUUUUCCACUCUGUUUUCAAAGAGGAAGUAAAGGAGUUGGAGCAGCAAAUAAAAAAAAUUUGCACAGUUAUAUUAACAGGUGAGAGGGGGUAUAUGAAGCUGUUGUUUGAAAUAUUGUUUGCAUUUUUAAAAAGAAAUCAUAAUGGGCUACUUUGAAGCAUUAUUUUAUAAACAGACUGUUGGGUCUGGCAAUAUGAGGGUUGAAAAUGCAAUUUUAAAAAAUCUUAGGGUAUCUUUCAUUUGUUUUUAUCUGGGAUUUUUUUUUGUUGUUGUUUGCGCUGCUAAGAAGCUACGAUCCUUCAUUUUUAUUCACAUUAACAGUACUUAGCUGUAAUGUUUCACUGAGUGUGCUGCUAUUUUAUAAACAUUUUGAUAAUAUAUUAUUUUACUGCUUAAAUUUCAAAUCCUGAAGCAGGUGGUUAAAGUCGAGCUUAUAGGUUCUGUGAUUUACUGGAAAAGCCCGUGUAUAUCUUUUGUUUUUCUCUGAUAGUGUAUUCAUUUUUUUUUCCUGCUCAUAUCCUGCAAAAAUGGCGUUUACUUUACCUCAGGUUUACUGGAUACAAAAUAAAAGGUUCACACUCUUUUUUUUUUUUUCCUAAUACCUCACACUUUCUGCUGAGAAAGCCUAUUCUAAUCCUUGAUACAGGAGAUGCGAGGAAAUCUCUUCCUUCUCUCCACAGAAAAAAAGACAGAGGCUACUUUAGCCCAGGAAGGGGGCAGUUUGGCCCCAAGAACCAAUUUCUGACCACAAGGAUUUUGAUUUAGGCUCCCAUUUUGACUUGGGUAUCCUCAUCAUCAUAGUGGAAAAAAUACAUUGAACCCCAGGGAUUCCCUCCAGGGCAUAUGUUUCUGCACUAGCAGCUAUGCAGUGGAUUUAGAAGUCUGGUUUUCCUUCAUUGACCAGUGUCCAGAGAGAGAAUAAAAAUGGAUCUUGGCAGCUUUCCCCUUGUCCAUUCUGUUCAUGCAGGGUCUUUCACUGAAAAGGGACUCUCUCCCUCCUUCCCCAAUCUCUGGCACCCCAAAUGCCAAACUUCCAAGUGGAAUUUUAUGGCCAUGGUUCCUCCUACCACUGGCAAACCAGGCAAAUUUCACACGAGAGGAUUUGGUCUUAUCUACCCAACCUGAACUUGGACCAUGAGUCCAAUAAGAAUCAUCGGUGAUUAGAACUUGUUUCCUCCAAAUUGUGGGGGGCAGGCCAGACAGCUUCCCUCGAAAAGGUGACUUCUGCACAGUGAAGGAUUCUGUCAUCCUGGGCUUUCAGAAAGAUGCAGUUUAAAGCUGCUUGGAUUAAAAGGAAUUUCCAAGUGGGGAUUUCAACCCUAAAUUUGGAGGUUUAGAAUCCUAGCCAUAAGCCCCCAUUUACUUGAAUACUCAUUUCUUUUUUUGCAGGGGAGUUUUAUUAAAUGAGACUGGACUGUUUAAUUCCUAGUGAACAGAUUUUGAAACAGUAAUGUCCAAAUGAGGAAGGGCCAAGAAGUCUGGUACUUCUCAACCCAUACUCACCUCCCUUUCCCUUUCCAUUUUUUUACUUUUAAAUUGUAAUGAAGUCAGCUUUGAGGAAGCUCACUGAAACAGAAAAGAACCUUGGGUUAAGAAACCCUAGGUCCUUUCUCCCUUGAGGCUCUUUUUGGGCCAGAAGCUUCUGUUCCAGGCCCCAGGCUGCCCAUAGACUAGUUUAUUUCUUUGUCCCUAAAUCCCAUCGAAAGAGUUCUGCCCCUUUAUCUAUCAUCCCUCCCUUUCUUUCCUUUUCUUUUUCCUCCAUUGAGAGCUGUUUGGGUUUUUUAUUUUCUGCAUUGUGGUGCUUUCUGUCCAGUUUAGUUAAAAAAUAAAGCACCAGAUAGCAUAAUAGCAUCAUACAAUAUACUGAAGGUUCAUCAAAGCUAAGGAACCUGGAGUUAGGGUUUCUUUUCCCCACCACCAACACACCCAGAAUUCCUCCCCAAGAGGAAGAAAGGAAGCCCAACUUUGUGCUCUGGGGAGUGACUUUCAAACAGUUUUUAUAAUGUCUACAGCUAGUCUUAUCCACUUAACUCACAGGAACGACCCUUGUCUGCCUCCCUUAUUCACUGAAUCCGGGAUCCCUGUGCUGAAUGCAGUGAGGGCCAACAGGCCUGUGUCCCGGGGCAGAGAUUUCAAGGGCCAGGUCAGAGGAUGGACCUGUCCUUGGUACCACAUGUUCUCUAGAGCAUGCUGGGUUUCCUUUAAGAAGAAGCUUUUUUUUUUUUUUUAACUUAGUUUGGAACCUUAAGAAUCUGUUUAGAUUAUGUCCCAAAGUCCAUACGACAGAUGUUAUAGUACCAUAGUUAAGGGACUUUUCUUAGGGAGCAGAAUUCUCAGUCUUUGUGACCCUGAGUAGGGCUAUUAAGAAGAAAAUGGCCAAUUGCACCUUAUAACAUGUAAAUAUUACUUUUCUAAAUAAAAAAAAAAGUUGGGUUGGAAGAUGAUUUGAUAAAAGCCAGCUUGAGAUUGACCAGACUUCCAGAACACCAGGCUUUCUCCUGGUAUAGUCCAGCCUUUAAGUAGUCCAACCCUGUGCAUAGCUUUAAAGGGGGUAAAUUAAAGCUUAGACUAUAAUUCCCCACCCAUUCUCCCUACCCCCCUCCAGAAACUAUAUACAGCGUAGAAUAGAGUUCUACUAGGGUGAAACUCAACAUCCUCCAAGGGAUGUUGGAAAGGAUGCCUCUACCUACAUACCAUUAGGUGGAAGACUUGGAAAGGAACUUUAUUACUCCAUCUACCUUGUAGCAACAAAUGAAUAUGGACUCCUUAAACAGCCUCUAUCUUUAUUUCAACAAAAAUUACUCCCAUGCGGUCCUAUGUUGCUGAUUUGGGGCUCAAGUUUCAAGAAACCAUCAUGAAAUAAAUAUGUAAUCUCAGUACAUCUUAUAGCCCGAGCUUACCCUUUCCAUACAGCCCACUUUGGUAGGAGAAAGGCUCGAACAAAAGCCCUCAAAGAACGCUCUUUACAGCAUCCUAAAUAUUCUGGCAAGCCCCUGCCUUGAUGUAAAAAAAUAAAUGUUUUGGGCUUCUGACCACUGCCCAUAAUUUGGCAACUCUUCAAUUCCCAUCCGCUAUCAGGCCACUGGAUUUUUUCCAUUAUGUUCCAUUAUCACGUACCUCAGUUAACUCAGUUGCAGAGUUUCCGGUCUUGAACUUUUUUUUUUCUGCUUUAAUGAGUGUGAUGCCACAUCAUUUCAACUUUCUUCUCUCACAAUGGGCUCUGUAAGAGGCAUGGCUGUUUUAGAGGUGGGGGGCAGGUAAUGCUAGAGAGUGCUGUCCUAGACACGCUCCGUGCGAAAAUGUCUUGGAGAAAGUAUAUGAGGUUUUAUUGGAUCGAACUGUGACAUGUAGCUGAUUGCCUCUUACGAAGGCUGAUUUGUUCAGUGUUUUAAAAAUUAAUAACCUGUUCUUCCGACUAGUUUGGAGUUGGAUUUGAGAAAUGGUUUUGGAUGCAAUUAGGUAUGCUGUAUGGACAAUAAACUCACCAUGACCUAAA